AUGCAAGGAUAUAGAUCAUACACCAUGGAAAAUCAUCACAACAUCCAUCAUGAUUCAAACGAUCAAAAACCUCUAGUAGUGGAUUUAAUGACUGGCCAAUAUGGCAAACCACAAACUCCACCACCCUCUCCUAAUGAAUGUUUAUCCAGUCCUGAUACUUCAUUGAAUGGCAGUCGCAACAAUUCCUGUGAAAUUCCAGCCGAUCCCUCAGUACGUCGUUAUCGUACUGCCUUUACUCGGGAUCAAUUGGCUCGUUUGGAAAAGGAAUUCUACAAGGAAAACUAUGUAUCCAGACCACGCCGCUGCGAAUUGGCUGCCCAAUUGGGUUUGCCCGAGUCCACCAUUAAAGUGUGGUUCCAAAACCGUCGCAUGAAGGAUAAGCGUCAACGUAUUGCCGUCGCAUGGCCUUAUGCUGCUGUUUACUCAGAUCCCGCUUUCGCUGCUUCCAUCUUGCAAGCUGCCGCCAAUAGUGUGGGUAUGCCUUAUCCUCCUUAUCCCGCUGCUGCUGCCAAUCCCAUGUUAGCCAACGCCAUGCCCGCCAUGAAUGUGCAUGGCCACAAUCCCUACGGACAAUAUCGCUACAAUCCCUAUCACAUCCCACAACGUCCCCAGCCAGCUGCCCAUCAUUUAGCCCAUGCCAUGCCACCACACAUGUCCGCCAAUCCCAUGGCUGCUGCCGCCGCCGCUGCUGCCUAUCCAUCCAUGUUGGGUGCCAUGCCUCAAUCAGCUUAUGCCACCAAAACUCAAACACCUCCUUUGGAUUUACAAUCAUCCUCAUCGCCUCACUCCUCCACCUUAUCGCUGAGUCCCGCCGGUUCGGAUCAUACUAAAGUUUUUGAUCACAGUUUGAGUCCCUUAAGAUCCAGCCUACAACAACCCAUUUCCUUGCCUUUAUUACAUCCUGGAUUAUUAAUGCCCACCAGCACCAACUCCAUCAAACGCCCUGCCUCUUCAAUGUCUCCUCCACCACAAACUGGUUUCCAAUCCGAACCCAAACCUAAACUCUUCAAGCCCUACAAGACUGAAGCUUAA